UAUUUGUCUGGAAUGCUGUAGGGUCUCCUGCCUGAGCAGGGGGUUGGACUAGAUGACCUCCACGGUCCUUUUCAACUCUGUUAUUCUGAUGUUCUGAUGUAGAUGAGUGUGGGUAAAGCCUGGGAGGCCAAUUAGCAGAUACAGACGAUCUAACGGUGAUGGUGUUUAUCCAGAAUCACAAAUACCCAGGUUCUGUCGCAGAAUCCAGGUUGGGCUGAGAAGAACUGAGCCACGGCUAUAAAAUUGGCAGGAAAAAAAAGCUAGGUCAGCUGUCUUCAGCUCUUGGAAUAAAUUGCUCUAACCAUUCAUCUCAGCCUGAUGAGACAUAUGCUCUCAGCAUGAGCAAACUGAACGCUCCCAGGUUGAGAAGAACAUGAGGAGAAGCAGUUGAGCUGAUGAUCAGCUACCAUCAACGAGCCCUGACUGAAGGACAAAUUCUGAAAAAAAAUUCGGCAUCCCAUGCUGAGUUUCCAAAGAGCAGCCAGCCGGAAGCAAGAGAAAUAAAUUUAAAUUAAAAAGUCAUUUCUCUCUUACUUUCCAGGAGUCUUUUCCAGUGGCCUAUUUCCUCCGCUUGAGUUCCAUUUUUAGAACAGGACCAGCUCUUUCUUCUUUUACUCCAGUGAGGACCUGCUGGUUCCAAUCUACAGGUUUUUAUUUAAAAUAAGAGCCGUCUGGAGCAUUUUUUUUUUUUAAAUUGGGAAAGGUUCCUGGAAACUGCAAGGAGAUGAGAUGAGAGAGAUUAUCCGGGCGAGGAAAUAAAAACCUGCCAGUUAGAGAAUGUUGAAUUUUAUCGCUCUUUUCCUUUCAGAUUGUCUCUCUCUGUGUGCAUCCCCGCUUUAUUUGGGUCUCGAAGAAUGAAAAUCAAUCCAGUCUUGUAAAAUCACAAUAAAAACUUUAUUUACCAUAGGAACUAGCUAGGAACUGUCUCGUAAAAGAGAAAGUGUUUGUUUUAUUGGGUGCCAGUUUCUGUGCUGGCACAGGAAGCAACAUCCUUCUUCAGUUUGGGUUCCAUUUUCCAACUUUUGCACAGCCAAGUCAUUCAUCCCUAAUUUAUUUGCUAUCAUUUCCUGAUUUCAGCUGAAUGUUCUGGCGAUGGCUUGACAUAGCAAAGGAAAGUGCUGCCUUUUUUUUCCCCCACCUCUUUUCAUUACGGUCUCCGAGCUUGCAUUGUGUUGCAAACUUGAUCACUUCCCAAUUCAGUGCUGAUCCCUUCCUGCAGGUCAUUCCAGUGUGGGGGUAUUGAUUUCACAGCAAAUUAAUUGAGUCUAUCUCAUGUUAACUCUUGCAGAACCAAAAGCAGAGGCAGACUUGAAGCUCUGAGUUGCAUCUGAGUGGAGUCUCUUCUUUCCAACAUAAAAACAGCUGUUUGUCUACAAAGCUCUGAAGGAACUGAGAAUGGGCCUCUCUGUGUGGGUCGUGGCCUUGGUGGCCAUCUUUUUGUUCCAUCAAGAUGCUAGCGGUGGACUCAUCAACAGAAUUAUUCGGCAGAAGAGGGAGACAGGAAUCAACGUGACGCUGCCGGAGGAUAACCAUCCUGUGGUCUUCAACCAUGUCUACAAUAUCAAUGUCCCCGUAGGCUCCCUUUGCUCCGUGGACUUGGACGCUCCCAGCGGAGACUCGGAAUUCAAACUUCCAUCCGAGCCAGGCAAACACUAUCAGGAGCACACGCUGAAUGAAGAAAAUCAGAUUGUGUUCACACACCGGAUCAAUAUUCCACGGCGGGCUUGCGGUUGUGCAGCUGCCCCUGAUAUCAAGGACCUACUAAGCCGACUUGAAGAAUUGGAAGAACUGGUAUCUUCUCUGCAGGAACAGUGCGGCAGUGCGUCAGGAUGCUGUUCCAGUGCUCAAACAGCAAAAGGUAUUAUUGAAGCUACACCCUAUUGCAGCGGACGAGGAAACUACAGCAAUGAUGUUUGUGGCUGCAUCUGCGAACAGGGCUGGAAAGGACCAAAUUGCUCAGAGCCAGAAUGCCCACAGAACUGCAAUGAGAGGGGCCAGUGCAUCAAUGGCCAGUGUAUUUGUGACUAUGGUUACGCCGGUUAUGAUUGUGGGGAGCUGGCUUGUCCUGGGGACUGCAAUGAUCAAGGCAGAUGUGUCAAUGGAAAAUGUGUGUGCUUUGAUGGUUACGCUGGGGAUGACUGUAGCCUUGAGGUCUGCUUGGUGCCCUGUAGUGAGUAUGGCAAGUGUGUGAAUGGACAAUGUAUCUGCAUGGAAGGUUUCACUGGGGUAGACUGCAGCCAGACCCUUUGCCUUAACAACUGCAAUAAUCUGGGGCGCUGUGUGGAAGAAGAGUGUGUGUGUGAUGACGGAUACACGGGUGAGGACUGCAGUGAGCUCAUUUGCCCCAACGAUUGCUAUGACCGGGGUCGUUGCAUCAACGGCACCUGCUACUGUGAAACUGGGUUCACUGGUGAGGACUGUGGGGACCUGGCCUGUCCAAAUGAUUGCCACCAUAAUGGACACUGUGAGAAUGGUGUGUGUGUGUGUGAUGAAGGAUUCACCGGAGAUGACUGUUCUCUACGGAGGUGUCCCAACGACUGUCACAAACAGGGACGCUGUGUCAAUGGGCAAUGUGUGUGCAAUGAAGGCUUCUUGGGACUAGACUGUGGAGAAGUGAGGUGUCUCAAUGACUGCCACAACCAGGGGCAGUGUGUGAAUGGCCAGUGUGUGUGUGACGAAGCCUUCAUGGGGGAAGAUUGCAGUGAACUAAGAUGCCCCAAGGAUUGCAACAAUCAUGGCCAGUGUGUUCGUGGGAAAUGUCAGUGCGAUAAGGAUUACAUGGGGGAGGAUUGUGGAGAUCUGAGAUGCCUCCAUGACUGCCACAACCGUGGUCAGUGCAUCAAAGGGCAGUGUGUAUGCAAUGAAGGCUUUGUGGGUGAGGACUGCAGCCAGCGCAGGUGUCCCAACGAUUGCCACAAGCGGGGGAAAUGUGUGAAUGGCCAGUGUGUAUGUGAAGAAGCUUUCACUGGGCUUGAUUGCAACGAACUACGGUGCCCCAAUGACUGCAACAACCACGGACGCUGUGUUGAUGGGCAAUGCAUUUGUGAUGAAGGCUACACAGCUGAAGACUGCUCAGAACUGACUUGUCCCCAGGACUGCAACCGUCGCGGACGCUGUGUCAAUGGAGUCUGUGAAUGUAAUGAAGGCUUCCUUGGGGAGGACUGUGGGGACCUAGCUUGCAUCAACAAUUGCAGCAACCAAGGCCGUUGUCUGAACGGACAGUGUGUAUGCGAUGAGGGCUUCACCGGUGUAGACUGUGCUCAACGGAAAUGCCCCGACGACUGCAACAAUAGAGGGCAAUGCACUAAUGGCGUGUGUCUGUGUGAUGAAGGAUAUGAAGGGCCUGCUUGUGAUGAACAGUCCUGCCCCAACAAUUGCAAUGAUCUCGGUCGCUGUGUAGCUGGGCGAUGUGUCUGUGAAGAAGGAUUUAUAGGUGCCGACUGUUCAGAUGUAUCUCCUCCAAAGGAUUUGUUGAUUACGGAAGUGACAGAUAAGACCAUUAACCUGGAAUGGGCAAAUGAAAAUAUUGUCAAUGAGUAUCUCAUCAGCUACAUUCCGACCAGCACUGGUGGCUUAGAACUUCAUUUCCGGGUACCUGGAAAUAAAACAUCAGCCACCAUUCAGGAGCUGGAACCUGGCGUGGAAUAUUUCAUCCGUGUUUUUGCCAUCCUAAGGAACAAAAAAAGCAUCCCAAUUAAUGCCCGGAUUGCUACUUACUUGCCUGCCCCCGAUGGCUUGAAGUUCAAAUCCGUUAAAGAGACGUCCGUGGAAGUUGAAUGGGAUCCCUUUAAUUUCCCUUUCCAUGGGUGGGAGAUCAUCUUUAGAAGCAUGAAAGAGGAAGACAAUGGGGCCAUCCGAAGCAGUCUGAAGAGCCCUCAGACUUCAUACCUACAACACGGUCUUGCACCAGGACAGCAGUAUAACGUAUCUCUGGUUGCCGUGAAGAAUCAGACCCGAGGACCUGCUGUGUCAAGGAUUGUGACCACUAAACUGGAUGCCCCCAGCCAGAUUGAAUCAAAGGAUGUUACAGACACAACCGUCCUCAUAACCUGGUUCAGACCCUUAGCUGAGAUCGACGGACUUGAGCUGACUUAUGGGCCCAAGGAUACCCCAGGGGACCGCACCUCCAUUGACCUGUCCGAAGAUGAAAGCCAGUAUUCCAUUGGAAAUCUGAAGCCUCACACUGAAUAUGAAGUGAUCCUCGUGUCUCGGCGUGGAAUUAUGGCAAGUGAUCCCAUCACUGAAACUUUUGUCACAGAUCUGGAUGCUCCCCAAAAUCUCAGACGCAUUUCUCAGACAGACCACACCAUCACCCUGGAGUGGAAAAACAGUCCGACGAUGCCAGAUCUUUACAGAAUCAAAUACGCACCCCUCGCUGGUGGAGAUCACGCUGAGGUCACAGUGCCCAGAAGCACCCAGGGCACCUCCAAAGUUACACUCUCUGGCCUGAGACCGGGAACAGAAUAUGGCAUUGGGGUAACCUCAGUGAAAGAGGACAAAGAGAGCGUUCCUUCCACCAUCAAUGCUGGAACCGAUCUGGAUAGUCCGAAAGACUUGGAGAUUAUUGACCCCACCGAAACUGCCUUUACUUUACGCUGGAAGAGACCCUUGGCCAAAAUUGACCGCUACCUCCUUACUUACGUCACCCCACUGGGAAAGAAGAAUGAAAUUGAGAUUCCAGCUGAUAGCACCUCCUAUAUUCUUCGGUCAUUAGAGGCUGGAAUGGAGUACACCAUCAUCCUUGUGUCUGAAAAAGGCCGACUCAAGAGUAAGCCCUCAACGGUCACGGGUUCUACAGAAGAAGAAGCUGAGCUGGGGAAUUUAUCAAUUGCAAACGUCUACUGGGAUGGAUUCUUCCUCACCUGGACCGCAGCUGAUGGGGCCUAUGAGACUUUUGUCAUACAGGUGCGGGAGUCGAACCAAGCAGAAGAUACACGGAUUCUCACCCUUCCAGGGACUCAACGGUCCAUAAGCCUCUCCGGUCUCAGACCAAGUACUCUUUACACAAUCACCCUCUAUGGGAUAACUCAGGGCUACCAAACAAAACCCAUCUUUGUUGAAUCUACCACAGGGGCCAAAUCAGAAGUUGGAAACCUGACUGUUUGGGGCAUUACCCCAGAAAGCUUCAACCUCUCCUGGACGACCGCCAAAGGAGACUUUGAGAUCUUUACCGUUGAGAUUAUUGAUUCUAACAGGUUGCUGGAACCCAUGGAAUACAACAUUUCAGGCAGUUUAAGGACUGCUCAUAUCUCAGGGCUGCCCCCUCAGACCAGUUUCAUUAUCUACCUCUACGGAGUCACUCGUGGCUUCCGCACCCAGGCAUUAAGCACAACCGUCAAAACAGAAGCAUUGCCCUCACUGGAAAACCUCACAGUUUCCAGUAUUAAUCCAUAUGGAUUUACGGUAUCCUGGAUGGCAUCAGAAGAUGCCUUUGACAGAUUUCUGGUUAUCGUGGUGGAUUCUGGCAAACUGCUAGAUCCCCAAGAAUUCCUUCUUCCGGGAAGCCAGCGCCAGUUAACCCUUAGAGGUCUCAUAACGGGCAUUGGUUAUGAAGUCCUUCUUUACGGCUUGGUCCAUGGCCACCAAACAAGAGCCUUAAGCAUUGUUGCCUUAACAGAAGCCGAACCUGAAGUAGAUCACCUUUUGGUCUCGGAUGCUACCCCGGAUGGUUUCCGUCUGUCUUGGACGGCGGACGAUGGAGCCUUUGACAGUUUUGUCCUUAAAAUCAGGGAUUCCAAUAGACUUUUAGAUCCCCUGGAAUUAAUCGUGCCAGGUCACCAACGGACCCAGGACGUCAAAGGGCUGAAAGAAGGGACCGAAUAUUAUGUAGAUCUCUACGGAGUUAUCAGCGGACGGCGUUCCCAGCCUCUAAACACAAUUGCUAUGACAGCGGUGGGAUCCCCGAAGGAAAUCACUUUCUCAGAAAUAACAGAAAGUUCUGCUGUGGUUAGUUGGAAGCCUCCAAUGACGCGGGUUGAAAGUUUCCGGAUUUCCUACAGGCCGGAAGCUGGAGAUGAUCUCAAAUCUCUGACAGUUGAUGGAAACAGGAGUAGAAUCAAGCUAGUAGAUCUGAUUCCGGGCAUAAAAUAUGUCGUCAGUGUUGUGGCUGUCAAAGGAUUUGAAGAAAGUGAACCCAUCUCUGGAUCUUUGGUCACAGAAUUGGAUAGUCCGUCCGGGCUGAGGGUGGUGAACAUCACGGAUUCCAAAGCUUUAGCUGUUUGGCAGCCAGCCCUUGCCGCAGUCGAUGAAUACCUGAUUUCCUAUCUUGGAGAAGCAGAGGCAGAAGUGACACGGAGAGUAUCCGGCAACACGAUGGAAUAUGAUCUCGUUGGCCUUCGACCAGCUACCGAAUACACCCUGAAGAUUCAAGCCAUCAAAGGCCCGCAGAAAAGCAGAAUCCUCUCUGCCAAAUUCAUUACAGGUCCUGAUGCUCCCAAAGCUCUGACUGCUUCAGAUGUCCAGUUUGAAACAGCCCUGCUCACGUGGAAGCCCCCCCAGGCAUCUAUCACAGGCUACCUCCUGAUCUAUGAAGCUGCUGAUGGCAAAGUCAAGGAAGUGGUCCUGGGGCCCGAAUUGACUUCUUAUAGCCUGGUGGACUUGAGUUCAUCCACUUUGUACACAGCAAAUCUUCAGGCACUGUUCCACACAUUAAAGAGCAACUUCAUCCAAACCACGUUCACCACAACUGGACUCCUCUACCCUUUCCCCAGAGACUGCUCCCAAGCUCUGCUGAAUGGAGAAAUCGCCUCUGGACUCUACACCAUUUAUCUCAACGGCAAUCAGUCUCAGCCCCUGGAAGUGUACUGCGACAUGAGUUCUGACGGAGGCGGGUGGAUUGUCUUUCUGAGAAGGCAGAACGGCGAAGUAAACUUCUACCAGAACUGGAGGACUUAUGAGAGUGGCUUUGGAGAUCCCAACAAUGAAUUCUGGCUAGGGCUGGACAAGCUUCACAAAAUCACUUCCCAAGGCCAGUAUGAGCUGAGGGUGGAUCUGCGCGACCGCGGAGAGACUGCGUAUGCUCUCUACAACAAGUUUACUGUGGGUGAUGCCAGGACACGCUAUCGGCUGAAAGUAGAUGGCUACAGUGGCAAUGCAGGUGAUUCCAUGAGUUACCACAACGUGCGACCGUUCUCCACUUUUGACAAGGACCACGACUCUGCCAUCACAAAUUGUGCCUUAUCGUACAAAGGGGCGUUCUGGUACAAAAACUGCCAUCGGGUCAACCUUAUGGGUCGGUACGGAGACAACAGCCACAGCCAGGGCGUCAACUGGUUCCACUGGAAAGGCCACGAGCAUUCCAUCGCCUUUGCGGAGAUGAAAGUCCGACCUUCCAGUUUUAGGAACUUAGAAGGAAGGCAGAAGAGAGCAUAAAGGAUCUUUUUUUUUUCUUCUUUUUCUUUUUCUUUUUUGGCAUUGACCGAGGGGGGGGGAAACCAGAAUAAAAAGGGUGGGAGAAAAAAAUAGAGCCUUUCUCCCCACCCCACCCAGAAAAAAAUUGAGAAGAGAGAGCGAUUGGCGACGAAGCUGGAACGUGUGUACCAAAGCAUCCGUGUUGUUGUUGUGAGCGCUUACUCUGUGGCUCCCUUUGACCAGUUUCUAUUUUUUUUUUUUUUUUUUUUUUGUGGAGUGUGGGUUGGGAAAGCCUUGUUCGAAACAUGCGUUCUUUUUCCUUGUCCAUAGAUGGCUUUCUUUGCACCAAAGAAGAUAAUCUUGGAAGGAGAGGGAGGGAAGGAAAUAUUUCUUCACAGGACUUUUCAUUUUUUCUCAGUGGGCUUUUGUUGACUUGAAACUUGGUGGGUCAGAGGAACAGUAGCUGAAGCUGGGGAAAUAAAGGACUUUCUUUCUUUCUUUCUUUCUUUCUUCCUUUCUUUCUUUCUUUCUUUCUUUCUUCCUUUCUUUCUUUCCUUCCUUCCUUCCUUUCUUUCUUUCCUUCCUUCUUCCUUCCUUUCUUUCAUAU